AUGACUUCUAAUCUACCGAUCUAUAAUUUUCCUAUCGCAAUUGAUAUUUCUGUGGAUGUAAUAAUAAUUGGAAUUUUGUCCUUUGCUAUGAUUUUAUAUAAGAGGUCUAAAACAAAAACAAAUUAUAUCUCGACACCCGGGCUUUUGCGCUCAUGA